CAGUGCGUGUGACCAGGGUUGACCUGGGGACUACAAAACAAGGAGAGACUCUAAGCGGAAAUGACGUCACUUUCAUAAAAAGUAUGGCGCUGGAAUAUCGUUUUGGCUCGGUUUGAUCUCAUUUCAUUUUGGGUCGACGUUUCCAGGAAUUAUUUCUGUGUUUUAGAUGGCAGGUAAUCAUUCAUAUGGAGGAUCACAAGGGAGUAACAUAUAUCUAAAUACAGGUAUGUCAGCCUCAGGACAAGCCUCUCAAAUGGCGGGGUCUGCAUUAGUCCCACCUUUAUCACAACAGCAAAUGCAUGGUCAGGCAGGUCAGACCAAUCAGCAACAAAACGCUCAACAAUCCAACAUGCUGCCCCAGUCAGGUGGUGGAAUGUUAUCACAAGGAGGAAGCAGUCAGUUACCAAGUAAUGUCGCAGGAAGCCAACAAGGUGGUCAGCUCCCUAAAGAGGUCAAUAGUGUUUCCUUGUGUCGACUCGGUCAAGAGAUUGUACAUGACACAGUACAAAGAGCUGCAGAUAUCUUCGGUAUUCUGAAAACCAUAUCAUUGCCUAAUGGUGCUUCUUAUAAUGUACAACAAUACCAAGAGAAGAAAAAUAAACUUGAUGAUCAAAUGAGGAUUUUGAAUUUAGGUUUCCGCAAACUACGUAUCAUUUCUGAAAAAGUAGAAGAAAGCACUGGUCCAAGAGAAGCAAUGUUUUCUUCUGAAAAUCUUAUACCAAUUUGUAACAAGGAAUAUAACACAGAAUUCCUUCGAGAUGCUGAAAAAAAUAACCUUUACCAUAUUGUUUCUGAAGAACACAGAGACAUGGUUGAUCGAAUACAAUUGAAAAGCCGUCAACUGAAGGAAGUUAUUGAUCACAUCCGAACAAUAAUUUGGGAGAUCAAUACGAUGAUCACUAUGAGAAAAACUGGCUGAUUGAUUGAUUUUCUAUGAAUCAUCCUGAAGAAAACUUCCAUUGGUCCUCUGAUAGGUUAUAUGUACCACACUGGACAGCUGAACUUCACUUUGCACUGGACUUGGUCAACAUUCUACCAUUCCUGGUCAAAACUGACAUAAGAAUUUACUCCAGAUGUGCUGCAUUUUCUAAUGUGCACAGUCUGCCUAAGCCAGUUUCCUUUAUCUGGAAUAUAAAUCUGAGGUUGUUGCAACAACAAAGGAAUAUUUACCUUGUGUCCAACAAUAGGAUAUUUAAUUCUUAUAAUACAAAUCUUUGUAAAUAUCACCAAAUAUAUUUGCCAUUAAAGUUUACUUUUUUUAAACUUUA